UAACACCUCCUCUUGUUCAGCACCCAAAGUCGAAGGAUAGCUCUGGCCUUUCAAUGGAAGAAAGUGCUAGAUUUGUCAGUGUUGUAUAAUAUAACCAAUUCUCAGUGUCCAUAUUUGUUUUGGAACGAUCGGAAUUGUCUUCAUUUAUUGUGAGAGACAGAACUGGCGUCAAACAUGCGUAAAAAUCAACGCUGUCCAAGCAGGGAACCGCCGAGAAAGGAAUUAUCGCCGCUCAUCUGAGGCCAAUCUCGAUUAUUUUUGUCAAAUAAGGAAACAUAACAUAGCUAGCUAGCUAACGUUAGCUCCGUAGAUAGCUAGGUUAACGACAUAUCUUCACACAAAAGCAGAAUCUAGCAGAUAAUCAAGAUUGGAUCUACAUUCGCACAUCAGCAGGAAAACCUAUAGGCAGCAAUGGGUGCAUUCCUGGACAAGCCGAAGACGGAGAAACAUAGUGCCCACGGUGAGGGCAAUGGGCUGCGCUAUGGCCUGAGCUCCAUGCAGGGCUGGCGGGUGGAAAUGGAGGACGCCCACACAGCAGUGGUGGGCCUCCCCCAUGGACUCACCGACUGGUCCUUCUUUGCUGUCUACGAUGGCCAUGCGGGCUCCAGGGUGGCCAACUACUGUUCCGGCCACCUGCUGGAGCACAUCUUGUCGGGAGGGGCCGACUUCGCUUCAGGACCGGGCUCCGUGGAGGGCGUGAAGGACGGCAUCCGCUCGGGCUUCCUGAACAUUGACGAGUACAUGCGCAGCUUCUCCGACCUGCGGCAGGGCCUGGACCGCAGCGGAUCGACGGCCGUCUGCGUGUUGCUCAGCCCGACCCACCUCUACUUCAUUAACUGCGGCGACUCGCGGGCCGUGCUGAGUCGAGACAGCAAGGUGGGCUUCUCCACCCAGGACCACAAGCCCUGCAACCCCCGCGAAAAGGAGCGCAUCCAGAAUGCUGGCGGCUCGGUCAUGAUCCAGAGGGUAAACGGCUCCCUGGCUGUGUCCCGAGCCCUGGGGGACUACGACUACAAAUGUGUGGACGGUAAAGGUCCCACGGAGCAGCUAGUGAGCCCCGAGCCCGAGGUGUGUGUGUUGGAGCGGGCGGCCGAAGGAGACGAGUUUGUGGUGCUGGCGUGCGACGGAAUCUGGGACGUCAUGUCCAACGAGGAGCUGUGUGAGUUUGUUCGCUCUCGACUGCUGGUGUGCGAUGACCUGGAGAAGGUCUGUAACUCAGUGGUGGACACCUGUCUGCAUAAGGGGAGCAGGGACAACAUGAGCGUGGUGCUGGUGUGUUUACCCGGAGCUCCCAAGAUCUCCGAGGAAGCCGUGAAGAAGGAAGAAGAGUUGGAUAAAUACCUGGAAACCCGUGUUGAAGAGCUUCUGGGGAACGGUGGGGAGGCUGGAGUCCCUGACCUGGUGUCUGUCCUCAGGAGCAUUGCCACAGAGAACAUCCCCAACCUUCCACCUGGUGGAGGCCUGGCCAGCAAGCGGAGUGUGAUCGAGGCGGUGUACAACAAGCUGAACCCUCACAGAGAAGAGGAAGGGGCCUGUGCGGGGGGAGAGGAGGAGGAGGAGAGUGAGGAGGGAGGUGGCAGCACGGCGGCUCAUCUGCUGGAGGCUCUGCGGCAGUUCCGGCUGCACUACCGGGGGCAGUACCGCUCGGUGCUGGAGGAGUCCCUGGCCGCCUACAACCUGCGGGGGGAGAGUCCUGCCGAGGGAGCAGGGGAGAGCAGGAGGACCGGCGGCGGCGGCGGCGGCGGCGGCGGCGGCGGCAGUGACGACGGCCAGGAGCAGCCCGCCUCCCCUCCCUCUCCCCCCUCGCCCCCGCCCUCACCCGCCACUGCAGAGCCGGAGGCCAGCCAAGAUGCCCCCAAGUCCGAAACCUCCUCCGACUGAGCACCUGCCCGCACCCACCCACUCAUCCACCCUUCCCCAGAGCUCUAGUCAGACGCGCUACGACCUCUCCUCCUCUUUUCCCUCAUCACAGAGCUUGAACAGGCACAUCGGCCAUUUCCGGCUCUGUCAUGCUCAUUCGAAUGUUUUUCAAAGGAAUUCACCGCAAACAAAAAAUGGCUCUUCUGUCUGUUCAAGUUCACACAAAAACACCUUGGGGACUCUCUUUCCUGUUUCUUUUCUUGCUCCUCCUGCCCACCUUGGCUUGGAUUCCCAAACUUGCUAGUCACUUUUACUAAACUUGACCACACAGACUGAUGUUUACGAUAGAAAAGAAAAGAAUCAUAACAAUUUAUUAAUACAUGCAAAAGUGGACUGGUGAAGCCAAAGUGAACCUUGCAUUCUCUGGCCUACAUUUCCCACUAUUUGCUUCUGGCUGACCCCUCCCUCCUCUCAGCUCCCAGCCUCUCCCCCACACCUGCUUAUAGUGGAUGGACUGACAAAGCAAAGGAGAGGAGACACUGAACUGCAGCUGUGCGACACACUGCACCGUCUCCAGGCCAACUCCGUCUACAGACUCUAAACAUACUCUUGUGUAUAUGUAUGUACGUAUGUGUGUGUGCGUCUGCAUGGGUUUGAGAGACGGAGCAAGAGACCGAUCGAUCGUCACUCCUGAAAUUUGUGUUUCUGGUAAAUUGUGGAAUUAAGCCAAUUAUCAGCAUGCUCAGUGAUGUCAGGUUGUUCAAACCAGAAUGGGUACUAAAAACUACAUCUCCCAUGCCACCACUUGUUAAAACGCUGCCUCACAGGCACCUGGAGAGGUUGAAUUGUGCUCAGGUGGAUGUAAAUGUCUCAGUGAAAUCUACACUAGCAACCCUUUAAGGCGGUAACGCUCAUUGCAAAAAACAAAAUUCUUGGAUGGUUGAAAAAUGGAGAAAAACAGUGGUGAACAAAGAUCGUAUUGUUUGCAAAGAUGAUUAAUCGUAUGUACAGUGGCUUUGUUUUUCUAGCUUGUCAGGUGUGAUGUGGCCUGCAUUUGUGCUAAAACUCUUCAAAGAUCAACGAGAUGUUAGCAUGACAGCACUAGCGUUUUGAAAUGCAUUGAUAACAUGCUAGCGUUCAUCUCAAAGCACAGAGGAUAAGUAUACUGAACAACAAUACAAACGCAGCAUGUAAUGUCUUAUUCAGUUCAAUCCUUUUUUGGUUUGUUUAUCACAUCUUCACAGCAAAUUGAACGUCACAACCAAAAACACACUCCACAUUGGAAAUGACAGUGAGCUAAUCGAGACUAGAGUUGUAGGCCGAAAAUCCAAAGUCUUGAACAAGUAUGUCCGCCAUUUACAUUCUGUAGUGCCACACAAAGUUUAUGCUGCUUAUGAAAUGUUGUGCAACUCUGCCUAAAAGGCUCUGUGAAGUUGGUGAACAUUUUAGGGGACAGGACCACGCUGACAGACACGCUAAGCCGCUGCUGAAAUAAUUUCUUUGGCAGCAAAUUGUGAAGUCAUCUUUCUCUUAUCUGUGGCAUCGAGUCGUUUGAGUAAAUCUGCAUUUCAAGGAGACCUUUUGCUGCUCGGAGUGUCUGUCAACUGUUUACACUGUCUGAUCAUUGUCCUUAAAAGCCACACGUGCAAAGCUGUGGUUUAAUUUAAUGGUUAGGAAUUUAAACAGCUCACAUAUUACAAAAACCCUUUUCUAACCACAACAAUAGAAAUUACAUGUAAUCGUUUGCAUGCUGCGGUUCUAUUUAUGUUUUGUUCACAUACACAGAUGAAAGUCAAACUGUGUGGAUAUAAACAGAGGCACUGUGGAUGCGUUUAAACAUUCGCAACACUUUAUCAAACAUUCUUGAAAUUGACAUUCCUAGAAACAUUCCUAAAGCUGUUGAACAUGCUGGAAUUCAGCAUACAUCAUGCAGUGUUUUACAUGUCGGCGUGCUAACCUUUAAUAUGCGACAUUAAUUAUUUGAGCACGCUGGCAUGUUUUAAUACUCACAUGUAGGACAGCUGCUGUUUCAUCAGUUCUGCCAUUGAUCUGAAGGUGGCGCUCCAUGCGGGAUUGUGACCACGAGUGUUUCUUCCACGUAUCAGUCCAUCCAGUGUUGGCAAAAAUGCGUCACUCUUGAUUAAAAUUUUGGACCAGCCAACCCAUGUUUCAUUACUAAAAUCAUCUGCAUCAGUAUAGAGCUGUUAAAUCACACAAUUCAAGUGUUGAAUGUGUGACUUUACAGUACAUCUGGAGCAUUAAAGAAUCUGUUCCAGCUGCUGGUAUUAACCGCAGCUUUGUGUCGCAGCUUGAUAAAAGCCGUUACAAAAGCGUACGUCUGUCCUCGCAGGUUAUGUUCAAAACCGUUUCAAACACGUACCUCAUUCUGAAAGUGUGAUUGAAACAAACUGUGUUCAUUCUUCUAGACGGCAGGUAAAGGGAGGUUAUCACGGCUCAGUAUAAGCCCAGUGACUCUGGUAAUGCAUGCACUGUACUUCUUAUCUUUUCAAUAUCUAAAGCACUUAAACUAUCGGAGGGGAGGUAAUGCUAAACACUGAGUGUAUGUAUGAGUGUUUGUGUAUGCGUGAGUUCAAUUUGUAUGCGCUGACGUGGGACAAAUCAGUCCUGCAAGUGACAAAAUGAACAAAUAAAAAAGGAUUUGAGGUAUAACGUUA